ACGUUUAGCACCUGAGAGUGCCUGCUUCUGCCGGAGGCAAGCCCCUGUUUUCCUACUGCACUGAUCGAGUCAACUUUCAGAGUGCAGCGUAAGCGUGUACCGAUCAAUCGAGCUUCGACCUGGGAAGGAAGGAAGUAUGCGGGGGUUGGAGACAGCGUAUUCUUCGCAAUCAAGAUGAUCGCCUAACGAGAUUUAUUCGGGGACUAUGGGUUGCUGUUUUGGCUGGCGCGAGGGCUUAAAUUGAAGUCCGCUGGGGAAAGAAAGCUGUCCUUCGAAUUCGUGGAUUUAGUUUUGGGAUUGAUAUGAAUUGAUCAGGUUUCUAGGGGGACUUUGCGCGCAGUGGGUCUUGGAUAAGGAGGAUCGUCUCCUUUUGAAAUUCGAACAGAAACUCGUGCUCAAUUUUACCGGGGUAAAUAUGGAGGUUGUGGCGGUUGGGACAGGGCUUUUAGUGCCAGCUUCUGUCACUGCUCUCGAUGUCACGCACUUGUCGACGGGUUUGAGUGUCAAUUACUGUCCUUGUUUUAGAAAUUUGAAUUUAAAACUUUUCUCGGGUCCAUGUACUUCGAGAUCAGUAAAGAGAAGUACGAGAGUAUCGCAAGUGCAAGCCGUGCUUCUACAGCCUUCUGAUGGUGCUCAAGAUAACGUGAAUGACUUUGUUCGGCGGGUGGAGCAGACUUGGUCAAUUACUAACCAACCAAGGCCAGUGCAAUGCAAGGCUUGUGAGACUUCGGGACGGGUGGACUGUCCUUGGUGCAAGGGAACUGGAUUUUUUAUUAUUGGCGACUCUAUGCUUUGUGAAGUCCCAUCUCGAAACACAUCUUGCGUAGUGUGUUUUGGUCAGGGCACGCUUCCUUGUGAUGAUUGUAAAGGCACGGGAUUUCGAGCCAGGUGGCUAGGAGAUCCCAUCAAGAAGAAAUCCUGAGUUACUUAUUCAUCUCAGCAGAAGCCGGAGCUGUGAAAGCAGAUGAAUCAGCGGGUUUUGAAAGCUGAGAAAUUCUAGAUCAUCACAUUUUGAUGAUGUAGCAACUUAUCAUGAAGAAGGUGUUAAAGAUUACAGAGUUUGCUGUGUAUAAACCGUUGUAGUCGACCUUUCCUGCACGAAGUGUUAUUUGGAUGCACGAACUACCUAAAUUUGGUGGGUUAGGAGGUAUUUGGUUCUUCUCGUUGGCUUCCUAUGCCUAAGUUCACAUCAGAAGAAAUCAGCUUUCACUUUCCUCUAGUUUCGGGGUUCUGCAUCCUACCUAUUUGUAUAAUUGUAUAUAUUUUUACUGUAAUCUAGAUAACGAUUCAGCUAAGUAGUGCAGUUGGAAAGUGGGCAACGAUUAGUUGGGACUCCGGUUUCCGGAAUGUGCAGCACUUAACAAACAUACGUCAUUUGCAGAUGAUUGACCGAUUCUCUUCCAUCUCCUUUCGCAGACUAGAGACUUGUUAUAAACCUUCAGCCAGAAAAUUCUGAAUGCGGGAAUGCUGUACUUUUGUACUUCCAUUUUUUAUUUUUCAUAGUAUUCUUAAGGUGAUGGGCAUAGGAAGAGAGUAUUUAAAUUCAGUCCAACAGUGAUUUGGAAAUAAAAAUUGUUAAGAUGAGCAGAAUUACGCAAAUUCAUAUUUUUUAAAUAUUUGGAUACAUGUGA